CAUCCUGCAGUAGCGGGGAUGGGGUGGGAAUGAGGGAGAGAGUGAGGACGCCCGGCUCGAGAGCGAACGGGAAGCCUCUGCAAGUCCCCCAUCUCAGCCACACAGGUUGGGGUCUGUCUAGGUCUGCUCUAUGGACUAGUGUGGGCGGCAGGCUCUUUUCUGUCCCUGCCUUGCGGCCCGCUGUCUUCCCUCCCCUCCUUGGAGAGCCUCUGCAUCCCUCCCCCAAGGUGGAAUCAGCCGGCUGCAGGCUCCUGGGGGCGAGCGAUCGCCUGGCCCUGCCCUGCCCUGCCCACACCACACCAUGACCCUCUUGCUGUUGCCCCUCUUGCUGGCCACCCUGCUCCCCUCCAGCUCCUGUAACAAAGCCAACAAGCACAAGCCAUGGAUCGAGGCAGAAUACCAAGGCAUCGUCAUGGAGAAUGACAACACGGUCCUGCUGAACCCACCACUCUUUGCCUUGGACAAGGAUGCCCCCUUGCGCUAUGCAGGUGAGAUCUGUGGCUUCCGGCUCCAUGGGUCCGGGGUGCCCUUUGAGGCCGUGAUUCUGGACAAAGCAACUGGAGAAGGGCUGAUCCGGGCCAAGGAGCCAGUGGACUGUGAGGCCCAGAAGGAGCACACCUUCACCAUCCAGGCCUAUGACUGCGGCGAGGGCCCAGACGGGGCCAACACCAAGAAGUCCCACAAGGCGACGGUGCAUGUGCGGGUCAACGACGUCAAUGAGUUUGCCCCCGUGUUUGUGGAGCGGCUGUACCGGGCUGCCGUAACCGAGGGGAAGCUUUAUGACCACAUCCUGAGGGUGGAAGCCAUUGAUGGUGACUGCUCCCCUCAGUACAGCCAGAUCUGCUACUAUGAGAUCCUCACCCCCAACACCCCCUUCCUCAUCGACAAUGAUGGAAACAUUGAGAACACGGAGAAGCUGCAGUACAGUGGCGAGAGGCUCUACAAGUUCACGGUGACGGCUUAUGACUGCGGGAAGAAGCGGGCCGCAGAUGAUGCCGAGGUGGAGAUUCAGGUGAAGCCUACCUGUAAACCAAGCUGGCAAGGCUGGAACAAAAGGAUUGAAUAUGCACCAGGGGCAGGGAGCUUGGCUUUGUUCCCUGGCAUCCGCCUGGAGACCUGUGAUGAACCUCUCUGGAAUAUUCAGGCGACCAUAGAGCUACAGACCAGCCACGUGGCCAAGGGCUGUGACCGAGACAACUACUCAGAGCGGGCCCUGCGGAAACUCUGUGGUGCUGCCCCUGGGGAGGUAGAUCUGCUGCCCAUGCCUGGCCCCAAUGCGAACUGGACGGCGGGACUCUCGAUACACUACAGCCAGGACAGCAGUCUUAUCUACUGGUUCAAUGGCACCCAAGCUGUGCAGGUGCCCCUGGGUGGCACGGCUGGGCUAGGCUCUGGACCCCAGGACAGCCUCAGUGACCAUUUUACUCUGUCCUUUUGGAUGAAACAUGGUGUCACUCCCAACAAGGGCAAGAAGGAAGAGGAAACCAUCGUGUGUAACACUGUCCAGAAUGAGGAUGGCUUCUCUCACUACUCACUGACCGUCCAUGGCUGUAGAAUUGCCUUCCUCUAUUGGCCUCUGCUUGAGAGUGCCCGCCCAGUCAAGUUCCUCUGGAAGCUGGAGCAGGUCUGUGAUGAUGAGUGGCACCACUAUGCUUUGAAUCUGGAGUUCCCCACAGUCACACUUUAUGCCGAUGGCAUCUCAUUUGACCCUGCCCUCAUCCAUGACAAUGGUCUCAUCCACCCACCCCGAAGAGAACCCGCUCUAAUGAUUGGGGCCUGCUGGACUGAGGAAAAGAACAAAGAGAAGGAAAAGGGAGGAGACAACAGUACAGACAUCACACAAGGAGACCCCUUGCCGAUCCACCACUACUUCCACGGCUACCUGGCUGGUUUCAGCGUGCGCUCAGGCCGCCUGGAGAGCCGCGAGGUCAUCGAGUGCCUCUAUGCAUGCCGGGAGGGGCUGGACUAUAGGGAUUUCGAGAGCCUGGGCAAAGGCAUGAAGGUCCACGUGAACCCCUCGCAGUCCCUGCUCACCCUGGAGGGGGAUGAUGUGGAGACCUUCAACCAUGCCCUGCAGCACGUGGCUUACAUGAACACUCUGCGCUUUGCCACGCCCGGCGUCAGGCCCCUGCGCCUCACCACUGCUGUCAAGUGCUUCAGUGAGGAAUCCUGUGUCUCCAUCCCCGAAGUGGAGGGCUAUGUGGUGGUUCUUCAGCCUGACGCCCCCCAGAUCUUGCUAAGUGGCACUGCUCAUUUUGCCCGCCCGGCUGUGGACUUUGAGGGACCUGAGGGGAUCCCUCUGUUCCCCGAUCUUCAAAUCACUUGCUCCAUUUCUCACCAGGUGGAGACCAAAAAGGAUGAGAGUUGGCAGGGCACAGUGACAGACACACGCAUGUCAGAUGAGAUCGUGCACAACCUGGAUGGCUGUGAGAUUUCCCUGGUGGGGGAUGACCUAGACCCUGAGCGGGAAAGCCUGCUCCUGGACAUGGCAUCCUUGCAGCAGCGAGGGCUGGAGCUCACCAACACAUCCGCCUACCUCACCAUUGCUGGGGUGGAGAGCAUCACAGUGUACGAAGAGAUCCUGAGGCAGGCUCAUUACCGGCUAAGACACGGAGCUGCCCUCUACUCCAGGAAAUUCCGGCUGUCUUGCUCAGAAAUGAACGGUCGUUACUCCAGCAACGAAUUCAUCGUGGAGGUCAACGUCCUGCAUAGUAUGAACCGAGUGGCACACCCCAGCCACAUGCUCAGCUCCCAGCAGUUCCUGCACCGUGGUCACCAGCCUCCUCCUGAGAUGGCCGGACAUAGCUUGGCCAGCUCCCAUCGAAACUCCAUGGUCCCUAGCGCGGCAACUCUCAUCAUCGUGGUGUGUGUGGGCUUCCUGGUGCUCAUGGUCGUCUUGGGCCUCGUGCGCAUCCACUCCCUCCACCGCCGUGUCUCCGGGGCCGGCGGGCCUCCAGAGGUCUCCAGCGACCCCAAGGACCCUGACCUCUUCUGGGAUGACUCAGCGCUCACCAUUAUUGUGAACCCCAUGGAGUCCUACCAGAAUCGGCAGGCCUGUGUGGCGGGGGCUGCCGGUGGCCAGCAGGAGGACGAGGACAGCAGUGACUCAGAGGCGGCGGACUCCCCCAGCAGCAAUGAGAGACGCAUCAUUGAGACCCCUCCACACCGCUACUAAGGCUGCACCCCUCCCCGAACAGAGAAUUCUGCCCCGGUGAGACGGAGACACCCCCAGAAAAGAAACAAGGACAUUCUGAGAGAAGAGACCAAGAGGGAGAGAGCUCUUCAGAAUGAGUCGUCCUUUAAUCCCCAAAUCCCAGUGGCCCCGCUGGGAUCUGCCUCCUCUUGUGCCCCCAGCCCACCUCCCUCCUGUACCUCUGGGCUCCUGUUCCCCGGAAGACUCUGGCUGCCUUCUCUGCCCCCAAGACAGCGACGCCCUAGCUUGCCCAGGUCUCUGUCUCUCCCCUACCAACCAUGCUCUGUAUGGGGGCUGGGGACGUCAUUAGCAGCCAGGGGUGGGAUCGAAGGGAACCCUUCCCUACUCUCCUGUCCAUGGAGGCCUUCCUCCCUUGGGGCUCCCUCAGCUGGGCCUUUAUGGCUUCUCUUCUGUUCCCUCCCCUCUCUGUCUUUCCACGUCACUCUGGGGACCCCUGCUUCUUCAUCUUGCCCACUCUCCUUCCUUCUCUGUCCUCUUUCCUCUCUUCCCCUUGCCUGAGGUCCUACAGCCCCUGCCCCUUCCUGUGCGACCCGGCCAUGGCCAGGUUGUGGGGAUGGCGGAGGGAGAGUGGUGGGGGGGCCCAGGUAUUAUAUAUAAUGUAUAUUUUUUCAUGUUGCUGUGAGCGCAGCCCCUGUGUUCCGUGUGCAGCUCACAGCCUUGUGUGUGUGUGCGUGGCAUCGUCAUGUCCUGGGGUGGGGGUAGGGAGAUGGGUGUGGUGAGGGAGGGGAUACACCCUAGGGUUUUCAAAUAAAACAACCAGAAAAAG